AUGGGCAGUGAAAGCUUAGAUGUGGUGCGGCAAAGCUUCCGACAGUUUGACCUGAACGGGGAUGGAGUAAUAGAUGAGGUGGAACUUCAAAAUGUCCUACAAACCAUUGAUCCUGAUUUUUGGAAGGAUGCCGCUGUGAAGGCCUUGUUGGGCAGCAUGGACAAGACUGCCACUGGAAAGGUUCAGUAUGAAGACUUUGUUGACUGGUUGGGUCAAGGCUUGGACUCCACGGUCUCCAGGAACUUCCGGAGCGCGUACGAGAAGCUGCAGCACAGUGACAAUGAGUCUGAAGCGACUCGAAGCCCUGAAAACUCGCAAAGCUUAGGCGACUUCAAGCCACCGAAGGGCAAAGCCAAGUCGAGCUCAGCUCCAGGCGUGAAGUGCGACAAGAUCUUGGAGUUUGGGAAACCCAUCCGCAAUGCGAUCUGCAUCGGUGGAGAGGUCUGGACGGUGGACUGGCACGGCGUCGUCACGGUGCGCGACCGGGACAACGCCUCCAAGGUCCUAGGCACGAUCCCCACCGACAGGUUUGUUUGGAGCAUGCUUCAUAUGAAACCUGGGCUCAUGUGGAUGGGCCAGGAGGCCUUUGGCAUUUCUCUCUUUGAUACCAAGAAGAAAGAGCCCAAAGGCACCUUAACUGGUGGCCACACUGGUGGCGUCACUUGCCUCGCCUGUGACGACAGCAUGGGUGACAACGAUGCCGAGGAGUUUCCCAACAGGAAAGCCUGGAGUGGAAGCAAUGACUUCACUAUCCGCGAAUGGUACAUUCACACCUGGCGCUCAAAGAAAGCUAUGCCAGCGGCUGUGAAGGAAGACAAAGAAGCGACCAUUGUGGAGCUGGGUCGAUGGAAAGUUGGCAUCCUCAAAGGAUUGCAUAUGCAUGGUCACAAGAAUGGCCUGAAGACCUUACUGAAGCUGGGCCCCAUCUUGUGGUCCGGAGCAGAUGAUGGAUCCAUCAGGUUAUGGCGAUGCAUCGAUGGCGAGUGCAUGGAAAUCGUUGAGGAUGCCCACACCGGCUCUGUCAACAAGCUCACCGUGGUGAAAUGCUUCGUGUGGUCGGCGGGAUCCGACGGCCUCAUCAAGGAGUGGAACAUGACGGGUGAGAAGCGCCAGUGUCUCCGACAAGUUGCACCACCUGGCAGUGAAAAGGGUAUUUAUGCCUUACUUCCCCUGGGCCACGAUGUGUGGGUUUGUGGACAUCAUCCAACGAUCCAAGUGUUCUCACAGCGAGAUAUGGCACAAACUUCUGCUGAAGAUGGACACAAGCCUUAUGUAUCCAACCUCAUUGGGGUGGAUCGCGUGGAGUCCAAGAUCGUGUGGAGUACUUCCUUCGGAGAUCGCAAGCUCAAGGUUUGGAGACACACCAUUCGCGGGGAAGAAGCGUCAGUAGAUGAGUUGAAAGCUGCAAACAUCCUGUACCAACAAGAGGAGGAGACCCAAGCAGAGAGAAUUGGGGGAUAUUUGAAGCGUAUCCAACAGCUGCAAGAGUCACAAGAACUCUUGGACGAGCGCAACAAGACCUGCCAAGAACUGAAAGAAGCGCUGGAGGCUCUGCGUCAGAUCUUUGCCGAAGCAGGUUUGGAGGAUUUGCUCGCCGACCCCGAAGCCCUGAAGGCCUUCGUGAAGCGUGGGGCAGCUCUGGAGGAAGUCCUCCGGCGGUUAGGCCUCGAAGACCUUUUGGAGGACCCCGAGGAGGUGGGACGUUUGCUGAGCCUCAUGCGGAAGAUUCAGGAGAUUCUUGAGCGCUGUGGCAUGACAGAGCUCUUGGAUGACCCUGCAGCAUUGGAAGCAGUGUUGCAAAGGUACAAAGCCAUGAAAGCAGCCUUUGAAGCUCAUGGUUUCGACGAACUCUUCGAAGACCCCGUGAAGCUGGAGUCCUUCUUGGGGACACAUCGCCAGGUUCGUGACGUCUUUGAGGAGUUCCAACAGAUGCAUUUGUUGGAAGAUGCUGAAGCCGCCCGAAGCUUCUUCCAACAGAGGCAGCUGGACUUGGAGGAGUCCUCAUCCACUGCAACCACACUGAAGUCCUUGGAGGCGGAGAUGGCGGAACUCCGGCGUCAGCUUCAGGAGUUGCAGGAGCAGCGGGAGGCCAUGAGGGCUUCUUUUGAGAAGCACGGCUUUCGGCCGCUCUUCGAUGAUGUGGAGAAGCUGGAUUCCUUUUUGCAAAGCCACCGUGAAGUGCGGGAUGUCUUUCAAGAAGCCAACCACGAAGACCUGCUGGAGGACGCCGAGAAAGCGCGAAUCUUUCUCCAGAUGUUCGACCAAACAGAGGAUGACCGUCGUUUUAUGGCGAAGCUAAGAGAGGUCUUUGAAGAAGCAGGCCAAAGCCGACUGCUAGAGGAAUAUGAGGCCACAACGGAUGCAGGAGAUGAUGACCAUGCAGAUGAGGAAGCGGAAGAUGAAGAAGAUGAUGCAGAAGCAGAUGAUGCAGAGGAAGCAGAAGAAGCGGAUGAACCAGAUGAAAGGGAUGAAGACGUAGAUGAAGAUGAGGAGGGAGAAGAGGAAGAAGGGGAGCCUCGAGAAAGCUUGAAAGACAAACCAUCGGAAGACACUGACGAGCUUCACACUGCUUCCAAAGGGAAGACAGUGGCGGCAGCUCCGAUAAGGCCGCAGCAGUCCUUUCGAGCGCUACGGGCUCAUCUCUUCCGCACCAACGCCUUUGAACGGGUCCUGCGAGAAGUAGGCAUGGAGCAUCUUUUGGAUGAUCCCAACGAGUUGGGCCGCCUGCUGCGGCUUUUGAAGGAACUCAUGUCGAUCCUGGAGACCUACGGAUUGAAGGAGGUGGAGCACGAUCCAACCCGCCUGGCAGAAGUGCUUUCUGCUUACAGAGCCUUGGAAGCUGCCUUCAAAGAGUAUGACAUGUCGGAGCUCUUUGAAGAUCCGGAGUAUUCCUUGAAGGCCUUCCUGCGGAAUCAUCAUCGCAUCCGGGCCGAGUUCGACAAGUAUGGCCUGGGAUAUUUGUUCGACAGUGUGCCUUCCAUGCGCGACUUCCUUGCAAGGUACAAGGACAUGGAAGACGAGCUGAAAGCGAUGAAAGCCGCCCGCGCGGGCGAGAAGUUGGCUGAGCGGGAUGCAGAAAUGGGGCGCCUGGAAAGUCGACUCUUGAAGAAGGAGGAGGAGAUUGAAGCCCUGAAGGAACGGCUCAAAGAGUUUGAGCAAUUGGGUGACGUCGAAACCAUCCAGAAGUGGAAGGCGGACUCAGAGGAAUUGAAACGCAUUACGCGUUUGUACAACUCUGUGUCCAGCCGCCUAGCAGAGCUGGAGCGUCUUCUGGCCGCCAAAGAGCGGGAGCGAGAGGAGGCUGAAGCGCGAGAACGCAUGAUGGCCGUGAAGUACAAGGAGCUGGACAUUUUCAAGCUGGAUAUCAUUGCCCGAGAAUUGAAAGCCCUAGACAACGAGCUGCAACGCGUGGGCAGUGGCGUCAAGGGCCUGAAUCAAGCUGCGGCACGGCUCAGGAACUAUGAUGAGCAACAAGGCAUUGGCGAUCAAAGUGACCAGCUUCUUGAUCAGUGCAAACAAUUGCGCUCUCACAUCCGUGAUGUCAUCAACAAGUGUCUCUCAGAGACUCAAAAGAUGCACAUUGGUGUGGGCAUUGACGACCCUCUUGCAGCUGGCGACCUCAAGGAUGGAGGCACGAUGAUUGCUACAGUCUAUGAGGAAAUCGAACGUGUCGACCAUGGCAGCUCGAAAGCUGCCAAAUUACGGCAGCAAGAUGAAUCGCGGCGUCGCUGA